GACCCAAUAAUUUGCCUCGUGAUGCGGGUAUGCUCUUCUUUUCCGCCGGUUGUUGCACGCCCGGUUCCGGACCGCUCCAUUGCCACACCGCUCGCACUCGUUCUCGACGCUUGCGCUUGCUGAUCACUGUCAUCCCUCGCACUCGCACUCUUGCACAUUGACAUGGAAUCCGUGCUCCGGAGAACAGAUAUCGAUUUCGAAGCCCUAAACCCUCAAACGCGAAAAUUCUCAUGCUUCUCAUCUUACAUGCCGCGCCGAAUCCAUCUUGAUAGUUCAUCGUACCGUUCUUUUGUUCGCAUCCUCUCCCAUUGUAUUGAACAAUCUCUCGUUCCUCCGUCGUCAGCUCUGGAGAAAAUCCUAUCCGUUAAAGACCCAAUUUCAAGUCACGGAAAAGGCGAACUUAAUCAAGAUCAGGAAGCAGGUGAAAACAUCGAUGAAAGAACCUUGGGCAGGAGGCAAGAGGGCGAUCGCUGUGUUGAUGGUGGGGUUCAGAGAGUUUCAUCUGCUGGUGCCGAGUUGGUUGGUCUCGAUCUCAGCUCUUUUGAUGAGGAGAUUGAGGCGUGUGUUAACAGCGAAGAGCUCCGCAGUGUCAUGCUUGAAUGCGGUAGCUUAAUUGACUGGUCUAACGAGGAGCGAAGUGGGGAAUCGCAAGAAGGGAAUGUACAGGCUGGUCAUGAGGAGAUCGAAAGAGCUUUAGUUCAUGGUGCAGAGGAAGGAGUUUCUCAUAUAGUGAAGGUUUCGGUAAUUGCUAAGGGAGAGGGGAUAAUUCCUAAUGCUAAUUCAUUGAACGAAGCGGAAGAUAUGAGGAAAAUAGCUGACGUUGGUGAUCCGGUAAGUGGUGAGCCACUAGUGGGUACUGAUUAUGGGAAGGGAAUUCUGGUUGAAACACAUGAUGGAAAUUCAAAAGGAGCCGAAGAAAAAGGAGAAGGAACAAAGCAACAAACAAAUGUUUCUUCUAUUUCUUUUGUGGAUUAUUCAGGUUUGAGAAACUUGAAAGAAGACCAAUCACACACUUUACCACAUCAAAUUGACGGGGCAGAGAUGGAAGAAGGUGAAAUUUCUGAUGACGCCCAGGAUUUAGAAGACCUGGCUGAUAUUAAUGACAACGUGGAAGUGCCAGAGGAUCACAGAAAAGAAGGACGAAGUAGGGAUGAUUUAAACGUGGUUGCAUCUACUACGAAUUGUAUUCGUAGAAAAGAAGUUACUGAGCUUGGGGCUAGUCUACUUGAUACAUCAGAAAAGGAUUCACCAUAUAAAGCAAACCAUAACAAACAAAAGGUCGUGAAAGCUAGGGAGAAGAAGAAGAGUAGCACUUUGACUGAGGAAAGAAAAGCUAAGAAGAAGAUUGCAAAGAAAAGGAAAAGAGCACAGAAAAAUAGAGAACAAGGUGUUAAGAAAUUAAAGCUACAUGCAAUUGUAAUACCAAAAGAAGUAAAAUAUUGCAACUUUUACCGGAUGGGAAGAUGUCAGCAGCCUUGCAAGCACUUUGCUUGUAAUUCUUGCUUGAAAGGAGAUGACUGCCCAUUUGAUCAUGAACUUUCCAAGUAUCCAUGCCACAACUACAUGUCCACGGGCUGUUGUAACCGAGCAGAUAGAUGCAAGUUUUCUCAUAAGAUACCAACCACCGAUGCUUCUUCUCAGUUAACUGUGAGUAAAAUAGAUUUACAUUUAUGUUCAGAACAGCUGAAGUUAAGAAACCAGCCUGUUGGGAUUCAUGCUUCUCCACUUGACAAGGGUUCUUUUGAUGUUAAAACUAAAGACACACUGCCAUUAAGGCAUAAGCCAUUGAAAGAAACUAAUCAAGUGCCAAAAGGUAUACGUUUCAUUUCAUUUGGGACAGUGCAGACAGAACUUUCUAAUAAGCUUAAAGAAAGCUUUCCUGUAAACAAGUUUUGUCACACUGGAGCAUACAAUCACGAGAAGCAAGAUAAUUGGUUGGUGCAUGGUCACCACAGUGCUUUACCUUCCAAGAUGUCUAUGAAUUCCACCGGAUUAGUUCGUGAUGUUCCUUCAAUUGGCUUUGCCUCCAAGGUUUCAGAUAAUAUCACUAAGGGAUCGCCUGUUACUCAUACUGGAGGAACUGCUAAUCAUGAAGUUUCAGAGGCAACAAAAAUUUUAGAGGAGUUUUUGUUUUGUGGUGUAGACUAGAAGCAACCGGUAGAAGUUGCUUACUGAAUUUAAUUUUGUACUUAAUAGUUACACAGAAAGGUAACCACAAUUUUAGUGAGGUAGGAUUUUGUAGCACAUUUAGUUAUGUAGAUCGUCCACUAAAUUUAAUUGGAGUGCUUUGACAACUUGAGGGUCUGCUCUGGGUCAAAUUUAGAUGGUUCAACCUAUUAUAAUUACAAUUAGUUGCUCCCAUGAUUUUGAACAUAAUAAUGAGCCGUUUAAUUUGAAGUCA